AUGGCAACUCAACAAAUAAGUCCUCCUAUAUUAAAUAGUUCUACUACAACCAACAAUUACAACAUCAAUAAUAAUGAUUCAACACCAGUUGUUCCGCCCAGACCUACUACUACAUCAAUGAAUACUGGUACAACAAAUAGAAAUUAUGGAUCUUAUGGUACAGGAUAUUCACCAUACUCUAGUUAUAACUCAUAUGGCAGCUCGUAUGGCGGCUCGUAUGGUAGCUCGUAUGGCAGCUCGUAUGGUGGUGUUUAUGGGUCACCAUACUCUAGGUAUGGAAGUUAUUCAUCGCCAUACAGUAGAUAUGGUUCAUAUGGUGGUGGAUAUGGUGGAUAUGGCUCUUAUAAUUCAUAUGGUUCACCAUAUAAUCGCUUUGGUCAUGGUAGUGGCGGUGGUGGAAUGAUGGGACCAGGUGGACCAGAUGAAAUGUCACUUACACAACGAAUGGAGGCCAAUACAGCAGCAGGCUUUCAAAUGAUUGAGUCAAUAGUGAAUGCAUUUGGUGGAUUUGCUCAAAUGUUGGAAUCAACAUAUUUUGCUACACAUUCAUCAUUUAUGGCAAUGGUUGGAGUUGUUGAUCAAUUUGGCAGUUUGAGAAAUUAUUUGGGUCAAGUUUUAAGUAUUUUUGCAUUGAUUAGAUGGAUAAAGCAUUUAUUUUACAAACUGACCGGUAGACAGCCACCAGUUGAUCCUAGUAAUUUGAAUGUGGCUGAUUAUCAACAAUUUCAAGAGCAACGUAAAUAUUCUCGACGACCUUUAUUAUUUUUUGUAAUUGCAGUUUUUGGAUUACCAUAUCUUAUGCAUAAAUUUAUACAUGCUUUCUCUGCUGGUAGACCCAAUCUUGAAAUGUGUCAAGCAACUUAUGAUUUUAGAGGGGAGUCACAGGUUGAAUUAACAUUCCAGCGUGGUGAUAUAAUUGCUAUUUUGAGUAAGGUAGAUAUGUGGGGACAACCUUCUCAAUGGUGGAGAGGCCGUUUAAGAAAUGGGGAGCAAGGAUUGUUUCCAGCUAAUUAUGUAGAAAUCAUUAAGAAAGAAGAUAAUAUUAACAAUACUACUACUGCUAUUAAAUAA